UAAAUUGCGAUCGUCGCGACAGAUCCGUGUAUGUAAUGCCAAGAUCUAUUAAUUAGAGCCGCGCGAUAUAAUUUCGUCACGAUACACCAUCCCGAACGCGACACAACGCAAGAAAAUAUCCAACAAUCGAAUAAAACAGGAUUUUUUCCUUCCAGAUCUGGAACAGCUGAGGAGGAUCUGACAAAUCAGCGUUGGAACGAUAGGCGAGAAAUCGUGGGAUUGGAUCAAGGAUCGGCUAUUAGUUCUCGAGCCUACUUCGCCACCUCGAAAUUGCUUUACGUUUCGUCGCAUCGUCGUCGUCGAGUCAGCAAUCGCACACUUCAACGAUAUUUCCAAACUGUGGAAUUCUUCCUAACCAGCGGCUUUCGUCUCGGCGAACAGCUGAUCGUAUCACGCUUGUCGACAACCUGCAGUAGAACCAGCUGCUGACCCCUUCACCUUAAAUUACAACACCAUUGGUCACAUGGCGAUCGGUUCCGAAAACUCAGUGGCGGUUCUUAUACGCACUUGGACCUUCAUGAUAAUCUUUUGUUUCGCGGGCUAUGCAGCAGGAUCUUGUUUAGAGUAUGGACAUUCGUGUUGGGGAGGUCAUGGGAAACGAAGCGGAGGGCAUAGCAAUGCAUAUUUAGUACCGUCAAAAACAUCGAACGAAAUACAACAAGAGAUACCGUCGCUUACAAAAGAACAAUUCAUACUUUCCCGUUUGAUUGAUCGACCAUCGAUACCUAAUAAAUACAAAGCAAGAUGGGACAGACUUCUCAAACUAAAAACUAGUUUUCCAGAGAGUUGGGAUGGUGAUGCGUUUAACGCGCAACUUAUUAGCGAUGGACCCAGUCGGGAUCAAAAUAAUAACGAAGACAUGAAUCUGGGAAAAAGGAAACAAACCAACAACAUGCAAGAUAUAACUGGAAAUACCAACGGCGAAAGGAGGGAAAUUCCUGAGAUAUUAUUGAUAUCGAAUAACGAGGACAAUCAACAUGGUAGUAAACCACAGAACGUAGAGUUGUUCAAGUUUCUGAGUGAUACAAACGGUGAUUUCGAAUAAAACAACCGAGCAUUACUAUAAAAUACAUAUAAUGUAAAAUAGAAAUUGUCAUAACCGUAUUGUAACUGGACUAAUAAGAAUAUUGUUUAAGCUAAUUUAUUAGAGAUUCUGUUUCUCGAAUAAAGAUCAGACGACUGUCCUAUCUAACUUAACGUAUAAACCUUAAUUUUAUCUUUUAAACGAAUAUGUAAUUAAUUCCAAUCCUAAUCAAAAUGCAAGCAAAAAUAAUUUUUCUAUUGUUCAAUGAUAAAUUAAAUGUCAUAAUUUGAAUUGCAAUUAAAUAGGAUAAAUAAAUAAUUGUUUUUGGCUUAA